UGUGGUUACACUACGAAUCCAACAAAUUGACAAUCAAGGAGUGGGUUACCAGUUUACAUGCGCGCACGAGAACGGUCGCUAGUGUUUGUGAUAACUGUACUGUACUCGGUGAUUCUGUGACUAACUUUACAUUCCUGUGUAAAAACGUUAAAAUGGGGGGUAUAAAAUACCUCGUGCUACUCCACCUGGUCUACAUCAGUACCUGCAUGGAACAGUUGGAUAUCAUCUAUGAAUGGAAGCAGUUGGACUUUGAGUUCCAAACCCCAGAGGCUCGGCAGCAGGCAAUAGAUAGCGGGACAUUCAUACCAGAGAACAACAUGCCUAUGGGUCUAGAGAUCUAUGGUGACAAGUUGUUCAUCACCGUUCCUAGAUGGAGGAAGGGAGUACCAGCGAGUUUGACUUACGUUAAUUUAAAAGAUAAUUCAACGAAAUCACCAAAACUGAUCCCGUAUCCAAGCUGGGCAGCACAUUCGAUGGGAUCUGACGGCAAACCAGAAAUCGUAUCCCCGUUUAGAAUCCGAGCUGAUAGAUGUGACCGUCUCUGGGUCUUAGAUAAUGGAAAAAUUGGUAACCUCGAAGCCAACACAACGAAGUUCCUACCAUCCCUUAUUAUAUAUGAUUUAAAAACCGACAACCUCCUCAGAAAAUAUGUCUUCCCAGAAGAUCACGUGAAGGAAGAUUCAGGAUUCGCAAAUAUCGCUGUAGAAGAUAUGGACUGCGAUAAAACAUAUGCAUACGCUGGCGAUGUAGGAAAACCAGGAAUAGUCGUUUACUCAUGGGAGAAGAACGAAUCGUGGAGAAUAACUCACCACUACUUCCACCCAGAUCCAUUGGCCUGUGACUUCAGUGUUAAGGGUCACAACUUCAGCUGGACUGAUGCUAUAUUUGGUCUAGGCUUAUCAGCCCCGAAUGCAGACAACUUCAGCACACUCUACUUCCAUCCGAUGGCAAGUUACAAUGAAUUCGCUGUAUCUACUGAAUAUUUAAGGAACCAAUCCGUAGCUGACGCUAAUUUCAACGCAUUCAAAAUGCUUGGAAGCAGAGGACCAAAUGCCCAAUCGAGCGCAUCUUUCGUGGACCCAAAAACUGGAGUUCUAUUCUAUUCUCUCGUCAACCUAAACGCGGUAGCUUGCUGGAGGACCACGAACAAGGAAUACUUGAUGAAGAAUCAAGGAAGGAUAUAUAUGGAUGACGAGAAAAUGAUCUAUCCGACGGACAUUAAAGUAGAUUACGAUGAAAAUCUUUGGGUGCUGUCUAAUAGAAUGCCCAUUUGGAUGUACAGUCACUUGGACCCGAACGAAGUAAAUUUUAGAGUAUUCUCAGCCCCUGUUCUGAACGCUAUAAGUCAUACUGCAUGUGACGUGACACCGAGGUCAGACAUAUUGACCAAGUAUGUUAACAAAUUGAAAAAUGUUACGAGCAAAAUAGCUGCCAAAAUUAAUCCUAAUUCAGGAGCUUCUAGUUUGCAAUUCCCGUUGAUCGGUUUGCUAAGUUCAAUCUUACUUUUAUCGGUUUGAUUGAUAUAAUUCUUAAAUGUAUACAUUUUGUGUGAUUUGAUGUUUAUGAGUGAAUUAUUAGAAAGGAACGAUAUAUAAUAUUUAAACUGUAUGACAAA